AUGAUUCAACUUUUAAAUUUAUUUCAUAUUCACAGAAGACCUGCAGUUAAUAUUUUAAAUACAACACAACGGUUAAUUGCUAUAAACGUUAUUGAGCAAUACAAAGAGGAAUACUUAAGACGGACACAACCUUCUCCAGCUUUUGAAGAACCUGCUAAUUAUCAACCUUCAAUAUACGAUAAAGUGGUAAAGUAUGGCCCUAAUGUAACUAAAUUGUUGCAAGAAACGCGAGACUACUUAGAACCUUUUACAAUAGGAAAAUUAGUGGAAGGAAAAUACUAUAACCCCCGUUAUAGAUCGCGCCAGCUUGCUAAUUUUAGAAAGAUUUGCUUAAAGCACGAUGUUGAAUUUCCUAUUCCUAAACUUCGCCGAGCGAGAUUUGUUUCCAAAGCAAAACGUGCCAGACUUCAACUAAGAAAAAGUGCGGAAAGAUGGGUUGCCAUUCAGCAGAAGAUGGAAGAAAUGGACAAACUUAUAGACGAGCAUCGAUCGAAAGCGCGUGAGGAACGUAAAAACCGUAAUUUAUCUAAAAGAAUGCAACUUUCUUUUUAA